UCCCUCCAGUCGGAGCGACAGCACAGCGGGAACACGCGUCACAGUGAAGGAGAGAGUGCGCGGCUCGACCGCCAGAAGGUUGGACGUGGAGCUGAGCUCGCGCUCGGACCCGGACCCGGAGCGCCAUCGUUCGCUUAGGUGAAGCUCGUGCCAGCCAAGAUCAGAGAGGAAUCAUCCGAGCAGGAAUGAACCACAGCAAAUCCGCGUCCCACCGCUGCAACAGUGGAGGCUUUCUACAAGCAUCGCUGAGUUUUAUUGUGAAGCGCAUCCGGAAACUACAUCUCACUCCGACCCCGGAAGUCGGAUCCGACUGCGUCGUUCCUUUGUGUUGCCUGAAAAUGACUCCAAAUCGCCCACUCCACGUUUCCACAUCCGAAUACCGAUGAGAAAGAGAUGCAGAGAGCAGAUGUCCAACUGGCGGCCGCGGAGGAGGAGCGGCCAUCCCCGAGCUCGUGCUCACAGGCAGCACAGCCUCCUGUCAUCAAAGAAGAAGCGGAGGAGACGGACGUCUCCAGUUUUCCUCUCAACAUCAUUGUGGUGAAGAGCGAGUACGAUGACGCUGAAGCUCAGUCCUCCAGUCUUCACCAAUAUAAAUCAGAGGCGGAGCCAGCCGUGCAGCCGGGGUUGACCUCUGACUCUGAUCGGGGCUCGCUGGCCUCUAGGUCGGACACGGAGGACAGUGAGGACUGGAGAGAGAGUCUGUCUGCUCCAAAGGUCAGCUGGGACGCAGGGGCUCCCAGAGAACCGGCCUCCUGCUCCGGCUGUGGGAAAACCUUUAAACACAACUGGAGGCUUCUCAAGCACCAGAGUUCCUGCGAGGGGCGCCAGCGCUGCUCCUGCUCCAUCUGUGGGAAGCACUUCACGCACAAGGGGAACCUGAGGGUCCACAUGAGGCACCAUACAGGAGAGAAACCCUUUAGCUGCCCCAUUUGUGGGAACGGGUUCACCCGGAAAGGUCACAUGCUGAUCCACUUGAGAGGACACACCGGGGAGAAACCCUUCACUUGCAUCAAGUGCGGGAAGUCCUUCACCCGAGGGGCGCACCUGAAGAUCCACAUGCGAACCCACACCGGAGAGAAACCAUACACCUGUUCGGUGUGCAACAAGAUAUUCUCCCACAUAGGGACCCUGAAGAACCACAUGAAGCACCACACUGGUGAGAAACAUUUUAGCUGCGAGGACUGUGAUAAGAGUUUCACCAGCCGAGCGCUUCUGAACCGACACGCCAGGAUCCACACUGAGCAGAAACCUUUCAGCUGCUCUGAAUGUGGCAAAAGUUUCCUUCGCUCAGAGCAACUUGUCUCCCACAUGAGGACGCACACGGGAGAGAAACCGUACAGCUGCACAGUCUGUGGACGCCGCUUCACUGGGAGAGGGAACUUGAGGAACCACAUGAGGAACCACACAGGAGAGAAGCCCUUCUCCUGCUCUGUCUGUCAGAAGUCUUUUGCUGAAAGUGGGCGGCUGAAGACUCACAUGAGAACGCACACUGGAGAGAAACCCUUCUGCUGCUCUGUGUGUGGCCGCUGCUUCAACGUCAAGGCCAAUCUGAACAGUCACAUGAAACAGCACAGAGAUGCGCUGAGUUGCUCUGUGGCUGUAGAGAAAGACAGCAGCACCUGAGGGCUUGUGUCUCCCGCAGGUCCCUCCACUCACCUGAAGGAACCAAGAGCCACUUAUUCUGGUUUGGGUCUACGAUGACUUUCUUCAGCAACAGAUGAUCAGGCUGAAGAUCAAGGAACAGCUUGCCAUGCAGACUGUCAUCGGACGCCACGUCCGUACGUGAAAGCUCCGCGUGACGCGUCGUCAGAUGGGGGCUGCGCGCUGUGACUGCAGUUCAGUGUCCCACACAGCCGUCCUUUAGACCGGCGACUUCACUGGUCCCCAGUGUGUCGCACCAACACAAUAACAAUGGCAAGCAAUGUGAUGUUCAAACCUGUUGAUGAAGAAUGUUCACUGAGGCCUUUGUCUUUUUAUUCAGUCUGUAUGUCAGCACAAGUUGGCGCAUCUGUUGCUGGUCACCCAGUUGUUGCUCCCCUGCCGUCAAAGCUGAGGGACACUGCUCACGCCUGCUGCCAGAGAUGCUUUACUGUAGACCAGGCUGCUAUAGAAGCAUGCGCGACACAGGCUUAUCUCGUGUUUUUAGUGAAAGAUAACUUUUGUUUUACUGCUGUAGAUAUGCAUCCUUUCUCAUGACAACUAGAAAGACAUAUGCCUCCUCCCUCAUGGUGAGACCUACUUUUUUGUUCACUUCAGGCCACCGUACUUGUGUGGCCCACCUAUCUGGACGCGUGCGGAUGGUGCCUUCAGGAGUGUCAGAGUUUUCUGCUCGACAGAAAAUAAUCAGGGUUGCAAUAGCCUGCAGUCAGGAUCGGUGUGUCGCUCUCGAGACCUGUUUCAUGGUCUGAUUUACCAGACUGAAGCAACAUGACCAUGCUUCAUUAGGAUUCACCCACAGUUGGAAAAUGAAUCAGAAGUCAGGCGUCUGAGAGAAUAAAGCAACCCUCACUUCCGGCUGAGGAGCCUUCCCUGCUGGAACACACCCAACGAUAAGUUCCUCGGUCCAGUCGCACCGAUUCUGAAAACACACCGGAAGUGGUGAGGCGCAUGAAGAGCACGACGUCGUCGUCGCCAUGCUGUGACAAUCCAGUCCAUGUGGGUGCACUUUCAUUCCUCGCUGGACAGCAGGCGAUGAGGUGGGCUGCUCUGUAGCGCCGCCCAGAGGCAGGAGAGGCUUUGGUCAGGAGUCUUGUGUGGAACACUUGGUGUUGUCAACUGAGAGCCCGUAUUUCAUGUGAUGUGGAUGUGCAGU